GACGUGUAUUUCCUCUGACCGCCCUCGCCAAGCAAAAGGUCCUUACCGGUUUAGUUGUUGUGAAAGCAGCACCUUUCUCUGUCCUUCAGCGGGAACAUGUACUACAAAUUCAGCGGUUUUACUCAGAAAUUGACGGGGUCUUCACCCACGACUGCCUACAGCCCUCAGGGACUGAAGCAGGGUCUGCCUGCAGAACCCCCCACCAUGAUCUUCGCCACGCCCACUAAGGUGUUGACAGGAACGGGGGCCAUGGUGGAGCACUAUGGAGAAAACAGGGUUCCAGAACUCCAGAAGCUUUUCCAGAAACCAGACGACAUCCCUGUACAUUUAAAGCGAGGGUAUCCUGACAGGCUGCUGUAUCGCACCACCAUGGCUCUUACCGUCGGAGGAGUUGUCUACUGCCUAGUGGCUCUUUACAUCGCAGCUCAGCCCAACAGAAAGUGACCAAUGCCAACCCUGGAUCUUUGUGUCCCACCUCUGACUUGUUGCUGCUGCAAUCAUCCAAACAUUCACAGCCUCCCCUCACUGGAGCGCCUGUCGGGACUCUUUUUGUAAAUGAGAAUUUUGCCUCUUAGUACCGUGGUUCUCAAACUAGAGGGGGUGCUUUAUGACCUUAGGGACAAGUAGCCAAAUGAAGCUGAAUGAAUACGACUCAAGUGAUUUGUUAUCAUGCAGAUCCUGUUUUCUUGUAAAUUCAGUGAUUAUUUUUCGACCACAAACCUUUGAGAGCCACUGCACUAUCAGGACAUCAAACCAAUUGUAACAAUCAUACUGUCUGUCUAUGAAAAAGAUGUCUAAGUUAAUAAAUUUUAAGGGAAAGGGUGUU